AUGACGUCUCCCCUUCAUACCAGUCUUGAUUCCCCACGUCCAAGAAAUCGCUUGCGCAAGGCUUGUGACUUCUGUCACCAGUCAAAGGUCAAAUGUACUGGCGAUAGUCCAUGUGUGCGAUGUAUAGAGCUGGAUAUCCCCUGCCGAUAUGAAUUUGUCAUUCGAACGGCUAAGCCCAAAGGGUCCCGCAAUCGGAAGGCCCUGGAGAAGGCAGAGAGAUUGAGACAAGAAGCGACGAUGAGCACCAAGCAUCUUUGCUUUGCAUCACAAGGCCAGAAUUCAAGUAGCAGUGCCAGUUGCAACUCUAGCACGAGCCGUGCCACAGGCGACGGAGAAAUGAAUAGAAGGGAGAUGAAUCCUGGUGAUGAGAUACUGUUGCCAUUAAAUUGGUACAGCAAUUGGAUGACGCUCUCCGAAGGCUAUGUGGCUCAACAUCCGAGCGAAGCCUAUCUGCAACACGAAGUAACGGGUCUGUGGAGACCAAACGAGGAAGAGGCUCUCCAACUCAUUCCUUCCAACAGCGCAGCUCUCCCGUUCAUCGCCGACUCUCUGUCACCGCUCUACACAAAAGUAACAGAACCUAUAUCCUCCGAGACACCCCCUCUCAACACAUCGAACAGUGCUUCUCAUUCAUGCACGUGUGUAAGCUAUCUCCUCGACAGCAAGUCUCGGCUUUGCAGCUUGACAUUGGACCCUGUCGAGCGGGGUCGCUUUGAUCUUGGGAUGCAAGCCGUUAACAGGAUCUGGGCCUCGAUUCGGGCCAUCAUGCAAUGCGAGAGCCACGAGCACCAUCCCCAACUAUUUUUCCUGAUGUCCUGGUGCAUCCGAAUAGCAUGUGGCUGGUUCCAGUCGCAAGCAUUCCUAAAACACCAACACGAAGGUCCACUACUAUGCUCACAGCCCGUACUUGAUAUGCGUUGCGGUGAGUAUGAGAUACCGUACCAGCAAGUCCACGUGAUACAUGGCCUUAUGGUUCACAUGGCGGUCCAAGAGGGGACCGAUCUUCUGAGGGGACUGCGCCGCAUACUGGAGAAGGAGGAAACACCUUUGUCCAACCUGCCAGUCAGUGUGAUAUCACUUAACCCGGUGGAUGUCACAUAUAUCCUAGCAGUACUGGCACAGUGUGAAGAAGAGAUGCUCAGGAUUCUGCAUGUCGGAAGGCAGUUGCUGACCACUGAUGUCGACGAUUGA